AUGCGUGAAAAUACACCGCCACGAACACCGAUGGACGAACUAAUAGGAGAUGAAGAAGACGAUGGUCUCAUAUACGUGGGCGACGCCGAUGAGGUGCUAGAUGCUUGGGAGCAGGAAGGAAAUAUUGACGAAGAAAAUGAUGAUGAUGAUGAAAACCUGUUCAAUGCAUUAAGAACGGGAAGGCGAGUCGUUAAGGAUGAUGCAAAAUUGACCUUCGAUAUGCACAAGGGGGCAGUCUUCUGCGGUGCGCUCCACCCGACGGAAGAUUUGGCGGUAACUGGUGGCGAAGAUGAUAAAGCGUUCGUUUGGAAUAUCCGCACCGGUGAGGUACAGUUUGCGGUGACCAAUCACACGGACUCCGUGAUUGCGGUAGGAUUUAGCUACGAUGGCGUGUUUGUCGCAACCGGAGAUAUUGCCGGCUACAUACAGGUGUUUAAAGUAGCGCAAAAUUAUCGCAAAGUAUGGGAGUUCACCGCUGGGGAUAUGUGCUGGAUGCGAUGGCACAUUGGGUCCCACGUGCUGCUGGCUGGCUCCGACUCGGGAGAGGUUUACGUCUGGCGGAUACCGUCCGGUGACUGUAAGGUUCUACCCGGCCACGACGCUAAGGCCGAGGCGGCGGAAUUGACCCAAGACGGCAAGAAGCUGGCCGUUGGGUAUGGUUCGGGUCAUUUCAAGCUGUGGGAUCUCAAAACGAACACCCCAAUCAUAGAAGUUGACCCGAGCAUUGGACAUGCCGUGAAUAUAACAUCGUUAGCAGGUGAUCAAGAAAAUCAAAUGUUUAUAACCGGUGCCGAAGAUGGCAGCUCGUGCAUUAUGGGAUCGAAUGGUUUGAUGGGAAUGUUGAGCGCACCAAACAGUGAGCCCAUUGAGGCCGUGCUAAUGGAUUAUCCCGGGUUCGAGAUAAAGGUAGCCGCCACAGGUACGCUGCAUGGAAAGUUAACCAUCUGGGAUGUGGCGAGACAGACGAAGCGGGUUGAGUGUUCGGACGAGGAACCCACGGGAAUAACAAAGUUGCUGUGGCUGAAGGACUUUACGAUCUGUGCGGGGACGCUUGGUGGGAUAAUUAAGGGCUGGGACUUCCGGAGCGGUUUGAUGCGUUUCGCUCUCGACGGUCAUUCGGACGACAUUCAAGAUAUUAUCUAUGAUAAGGAAAGAAACAUCAUCCUUUCCACGUCGGAAGAUUGGACGGCGAAAAUAUUCGAAGUUCCAGCUAGCCAAUAAGCACACUUACGAGGAUCAAGCACCCACGUGUGGAUCGGGUUGGUGAACGAUCGACUGUUCAGCAUGUUUGUUACGGCCUGCAGUGUCCGUUUAUUGUUAUACUUACUAAUGAAAAUUUAAACGGAAAGCCUAGAUAAUUAGCUUCUCCCUGGAAGUCGUGGUACUGUAAGUGGGAAAAGGUAACGACGAAAUUGUCGUAAAAAUACAACCAAUUUGAAAGUCAACCUCGCCGCAACAUAUUUAUCAUGUCAGCCCCAGUUUAAAUUGUUCCCGAAUUAAGUAACGGGUCUUUUGAUUGUCACAAACCGGCCUGAUGGCGUUGCGAUUGUCCAUGUUCCCCCAAAUCGUGAUAAGUAAGAACAGAUGGUCUGUGUGUGUGUAUAUAUAUAUAAAACGCAAGCAAUCCGAGGGCUCGGGAGAUCGGGCAACAAGAAUGGCACCUAAAAGUAGGUCAGAGAUAGUGCAGAACUUGGCAAGAUACAACAUCGACAACUACGAACA